CCAAAUCCCCAAAAUUACCCCCGCAGGGCGGCGGCAGACCUUCACCGGCACCCCACACUUCACUGCCAGCAGCCCAGCAGUGGCACAUCUGCCACGGGCCUAGAGCCCAUCUGAAUAGGUGCCGAAGAGGCGGAAACCGAGAGAACUGGAUGCCGAUAGAGGCUCGCUUCCUUUUAACCGGCCAUGCCUCCCUACAACUACCCCUUCCAGAACGUGGACUACAAUAUCCCACAAGGCCAACAACUUGCCAUCAUCUUGACCUGUCCAAGUGAGCAGCUGUGACCCGUCGCCAACAAUGACAGACCCCAAGGACUUGCGCAUCGCCGUUAUUGGCGCCGGGAUGGGAGGCCUGGGAACCGCCUUGGCAUUCGCAAGAAAGGGAUUCAAGCACAUAGAUGUAUUCGAGACGGCUUCAAAUCUCGGCUUCGUUGGCGCGGGCAUCCAGAUGCCGCCUAACGUUGCCCGCGUGCUGGAUCGGUUAGGCGUCUGGGAUGACAUCGCAAAGGAGUCCACAGAUGUGAAGGGCGCCAGCAUAAGAGAGGGCAGCACGGACGUUGAGCUAGCCCAGGUGGACAUGUCAGAUGUCACCCAGAAGUACGGCUACCCCCACUGUACAGGACAUCGAUCUUCCCUAGCCGGCGGGCUCUUCAACGGGUGCAAGAGAGAGGGUGCUAUCAGGUUCCAUUUCUCGACGGCGCUAAUAAAGAUCGACUCGUACGAGCCCCAGCCCAUCCUCACAGUAAAGUCCCGUGAUGGCGAGCCGUAUCAGGUCGAGGCCGACAUCCUUCUUGCCGCAGACGGAAUCAAAUCCGUCACACGGAGUCAGAUGCUCGCCCAGUUGGGCACGAAGGAGGAGGAGGAGGACACGGGCCAAGCGGCCUACCGGAUCAUGCUCAAGCGCUCCGAUAUGGAAAAGGAUCCCGAGAUGCUCAAGCUCAUUGACUGUGACACCGUCGUCCGGUGGAUAGGGCCCCGGCGGCACAUCAUCGCCUACCCGGUCAGCGACAAGCAGAUAUACAAUUUGUCGACAGCGCAACCCGACGACAACUUUGCCGCCGCCACCAACGCCACUUACACCACCAAGGGUUCCAAGAGCGCCAUGCUCAAAGUUUUCGAAGACUUCUGCCCCAUGGUGCACCGGAUGCUGGACCUCGUCCCCGACGGUGAAGUCUGCGAAUGGAAGCUGCGCGCGCACAAGCCCCUGAUGACCUGGGUUCACGGUUGUGUGGCCCUCCUGGGCGACGCCUGCCAUCCCACGCUGCCCCACCUUAGUCAGGGGGCCGCGAUGGCGAUCGAGGACGGCGCCGUGCUGGCCGAGUGCGUGAGCCGCGCGCCGAAUUCGGAUCCGGCCACCAUCAGCAAGGUGCUCAAGGUGUACGAGCUGCUGAGGAGGGACCACACCUACGCCCUCGUCAACCUGGCCGCUUUCUCCGGCCGGACGCUGCACCUGGGCGAGGGCAAGGCGCGGGAGGAGCGGGACCGCGAGUUUGCCGAGCACCGCAAUAACGGCUCCGUGCCGGACAAGUGGGCGAGCCCCGACGUGCAGAAGAUGAUGUAUGCCAACGAUUGCGUCAAGGACGCUGAGGAGAACUUCGACAAGAUAUAUGCGGGGCUCUCAUGACCCCCCUAGUUUAUUUGAGUCUUCUGUACUGUAUCAGCGGUGGACGGGGCAAGGGGCAUCAAGAAAAAGCCGGUAUUAGACAGUCAACGAAGAGAUUAUAUAUAUAUAUAUAUAUAUAUAUAUAUAU